GUUUGAGGGGGGGGGACUUGUAGUGACAUACUGGGUAAGAAGGGCACACGGAGGGAAGAAUAAAGUGGCUCCUGAUAGGGUGACCAGCAGAGACUCUAUAUCACUUAAACCUAGCCUGCCUAAGCUUCUCUGUCCUACCAAAAACAAGCAGCUGCUAAGAAGUCACUCUGGGCAAGUGGUUUGAUGUACUACUAGCCCAAUAAGCACCUUGCUUCAGGAAGAACAACUUUCAUCAGGAAAUGCAAGUGUGGGAGCUUGUCUUUAAAUGUUGGUACCCAAGAGCAGCAGCCCAUCCAGCACCCCCAUAGGAAGCAUCGAAUCCCUGUCUUCCCAUUCGUCAGAGCAAAACAGCACAACAAAAUCAGUGUCAUUGCCUCAAAGGGAUAAGAAAGGAGUUGGGAUCCCAUGGGUGACCUCUGCACCUUCAUCUAAUGGCCAAAAAGGUUCUAGCUUUUGGACUACAAGUCCCGAGUCAAGCUCCAAAGAUGAUACAACAAAAACAGAUGUGGAGUCAGAUUGUCAGAGUGUUUCCUCCAUCACCAGUCCUGGAAAUGCCUCCCCUCCCAUUGACCUGACCAAGAAGAGCCUUUAUGGCUUGUCGGGGCUUAAACAUUCCCAAGCCCCCUCCCUUCGAACCUUAUCUUCUACCGAAGCUAUUGGCAUAAAAAGUCGAAGCCCGUCUACACAGAGUCUGACCUCUCUGGACCUGCAGGAUGUUCCGAAGGUUCAUCCAGAACUGUCUCCAAAAAUCAUGAGAAGAUGACUGGACACGGGUUCAAGCAACGGCUACCAAAGGCCAGGUUCAGUAAAACGAAACAGCCCCGAAUAACUGAAGAGACAGGGCCCGUGCCAAGAUCAGAGUGUUCUUUCUAUUACAAACACCGUCAGCGUAUACAAACGUUGCUUCCAGCGGAUUGGAACCCCCGGCGGUAGUGCGCUAAUGUGUCCCUGCAUAAGAUUUAUCCACAGAUCCUGCGGAACAGAUUGCUCCACCUCAGGAGAGAGCUUUGGUGUGUGUGACCUUAUUUGAUUAUGGAUUUCCCCUUGGGCUACAGGUUCGGGGCACCAGGACCACCAACUGAGAGAGAAAGACAUUUGUGCGAUCAACAUGAGUUCGCGAAUGUUGAAAGCGAUUCGAAGCCGAUUGCGGAAUCCUUUCCGCAAUUGCAAAUUGUUUUCUUGCUUUCGCAAGAAAAGAACAGAUCAUUCCAUCCAAUCUGUUGUGGAGGAGCCCACUAUAGAGCCCAAUAACAUCAUCUGCCUGGAGGAGCGACCAGAGCAGAAUUUGGAGUCAGGCACGGACAUCUGCCAGGAGACUCCACUAACCCCUGAUACAGAGAUCUGUCAGGAGGAAGAACAGCCAGUACAGCAGGAGAGCAAUAACAUCAGCCCCUGCCACUUCCAGAACACCAUGGAAGAAUGUACUGGCCCUCACACCGAGAGCUGUGAGGAAUUUCAAAAGGAAGCUGAGGAGAGCAGCUCCAAGGAAACCUUGGAGGUCUGUGAUGACCCUCAGCAGGAGACCUGCGAGGAGAGACCUCAGGAAUGCGGCAAUAAUACCUGCCUGCCUGAGCUCUCUGAGCAAGAGGAUCCUCACACCAUCGAGGAGGAUCCAACAGCCUAUAAUGAGGCUGAACAACCACCAAUGAGGCAGGAGAGCUCUAACCCCAGCCCCUGCCACUUCCAGAACAUGAUGGAAGAAACAGACCCUCACCCCGACACCUGUGAGGAACCUCCAGAAGACCCUGGCUAUAACACCUGCCAGGAGGAGACACCAGGGCAGGACUUGGAGUCGGGCACGGACAUCUGCCAGGAGACUCCAGAGGUCCCUGCACCCGAUCUCUGCCAGGAAUUGGACUGGGAAUACAAUUCCUGGUACGAGCGUUGCAUCAGGGAGGAGGCCCUGAUGCAAAUGAGUGAAGAAGGCCUUCAGGAGGAAACACGAGAGAAGGCCAUGGAGUCAGGCCCGGACAUCUGCCAGGAGACUCCAGAGGUCCCCGAUCCUAAGACCUGCCAGGAAUUGGACUGGGAAUACAAUUCCUGGUACGAGAGAUGCAUCAGAGAAGAAGCUCUGAUGCAAAUGAGUGUAGAAGGCCAUCAGGAGGAAACACCAGAGGAGACUAUGGAGUCAGGCACAAACAUCUGCCAGGAGACUCCAGAGGUCCCCACUCCUGAAACCUGCCAGGAGACACCACAGGAAUCUGGCUCUAACAUUUGCCAGCCUGAAGUCCCUGAGGCAGAGCAAGUGGGUGCUCAAAACACCAAGGAGCAUGAAACAGCCUCACUUGCGGAGAAAUUUCCAGAACCCGGAAGAUUCCUAAAAUUAGGGGAGCCCGUCGGAGAGGACCCCAAUGGAGUCAUUUAUGUUGCAUGGCUCCGCAGCCAAAAGAAGGAGGUGGCCAUUACUAUCAUCCAGGACGUGGAGAAGCAGAAUAAAAUCCUCAAUGAAAUUGAGGUACUUGAGAAGAUCACCGGCCACAGGAACAUCUCGGACUUUUAUGGGGCGUUUUAUUACACCGCCUCUGUUAGAGCUUCUCCAUAUGAAGGACUAUGGAUUUCUACUGAGAUUUGUACUGGUGAAACAGUGCAGUCUCUAAUCAACACCAAGAAAUCCUUUGGUCAGGGCUGGAUCUCCUACAUUUGUAAGGAGAUAUUGAAGGGCCUGUACCAUCUUGAAAGGCAAGAGGUAAUGCUUCAUGACCUGAGCUUGAAAAAUAUGGUCAUCACCUCAAGCGCAGAUGUGAAAAUCUGUGAGUUUACCAUUGCCACGCUGGGAGCAAGAAGCAGUAGCACAUCUGGCCCUUUGCCAUACAUGGCGCCAGAAGUGCUCGCUAAUUUUGAAAAACCCAGCACUGAAUAUGAUUUUAAGGCCGACAUCUGGUCCUUGGGGAUUGCGGCCAUCUAUAUGGCUGAAGGACAUCUCCCAUUCAGCAAACUUCCCAGAGCAAAACUCAUCAGGCGUGUCAUUCACGGUCCCGCUCCAACAUUAGCACAGGAAAAAUGGAGUAAGAACUUCCAUUGUUUUGUGAGUGAGUGCCUGCAGAAGAGUGCAGAGAGACGGCCAAGUGCGAGGCAGCUUCUUGCGCACCCCUUUAUCUCAGAGCUCUGGGAUGAAAGGGGUGUAAAAAGGAGCCUCAUGAGACAUGUGCAGUGAGGCCUGAAUCCCCGAAGCCAUAAAGCAACUUGGCUGCCAACGGGGGAGGGACUGGGGCACAACAGGGGUCCUAAAUACCGUCUUUGGACCCCUGCAUAACAUCUUGGUCCCGUUGGCAGCCCUUCGUGUUGGCUUCUUGAUGAACAACAGCAUCUUCUAACAAAUGCAUCUAAGAAGAUUGUCAUAAGUAUGGCAUUUAUUGUCAUGUUUUAUUCUUUGUUUACAUUUGCAAAGAAGAAUGUAUUUAUGACAUAAAUGCUUUGCUUAUUGUAUAUUAAUAAAUGUAUACAAUAAACAUUCCAUCUUUAAAUGAUA